AGCCAUUUGGUUCAAGAUCUUCCGCUCAAGUCCACUGAGCCAUUAGGACGGGGACGUUUUACAUUGAAACAGAUUCUGGCCAGACCAAUCCUGGGGCCAGAAUCGGUGUGUACGCCGACCUGGUCUAGCCAGGGCGGCGCGUAAACCGUCCCUGGGCCCAAGAUGGUCCUGGACCGGGCCGGUGCCGGUGUAGAGCUCCUGUCGUCCGCUCCAUGUCCGACGCGCCGCGCUAUCGUUGCGUCGGAUGGCAGAUUCUGCAGAGGGGUGCAGCAGCUACGACGGGGUCAACGCCGUGCUCCGCGGCUUGCAUGCCGCGCGCUCGGCCCGCGCUGGUGCGCCGGCUGCGUUGGCGGAGCUUGCCCCAGCCAGUGGCCCGGUGCAGCAGGACGCUGAAGGUGCAGAGGAUGCCGAGUGCCUGGCUGAGACGCUGCGCUUCGGGCCCCAGGACGUGGUGCUCUGCAGUGAGCACGGGCCCCGCGCGCUGUGCACGCGGUGCUGUGGCUUCGCUGCUGGCGUGGAGGUGCCCCGAGCUGCCUACGACGCGUUCUGCCGCGCCUACAGCGAGGUCGCCUACUUUGAGCGGCCCGCCGCCUCGGAGAUGAGGCAGCUGGCCGUGCCCGUGAGGAGCCUGGCUGCCGGGGAGGUGCUCUUCGCGCCCUUCGCGGCGCUGGUGCGCCAGCUCGGGCCGCGCCCCGGGGAGCUGUUCCUCGACCUGGGCAGCGGCACUGGCCGUGCGGUGGCUUCACAUCGCUCGGACGUGUGCAUUUUUCCCUCGGCGAGGACCAUCGAGGAGCAUCCUCGAUCAUUCGGCGAAAAGGCCACGCACGAAACCGACGAAAGCACAGGGAAUGGGCGUCCGAGCGAUGGCCAGGUGGUGGCCUGGGCCCUGCUGCAGCCGCGGUGCCGCGCGCGGGGGGUGGAGAUCCGCGCGCCGCUCCACGCGGAGGCGACCGCGGUGCGCGACCGCCUGCCCCGUGAGGCGCAGCGGCGCGUGGAGCUCCUGCACGGGGACCUCUUCCACGCCGGCGGCUGGGGCGAGGCGGACGUCUUCCUGGUGAACACACCGGCUUCGACGAGCAGCUGAUGGGGCGGGUUGCGGACAGGCUCGCGGGCGCGAAGGACGGUGCGCGCGCCGUGACGCUGUCGCAGCCGCUCCCACCGCCUGUCGAGCCUUGGACGCUGGAUCAUCAGGCUAUGUAUCGGAUGUCCUGGGGCAAUGCGACGGCCUUUAUCUACACUAAGAAAGCAUAGCAAGCGUCACGUCCCCGGAGACCGUCUCGUGUUUCACCAGUUCUGGGCACAUCGCGGCUGGUGUUCUAUGUCAUGACGGUCCCAUCCGAUUGGAUAACGUCAUUGAGCGAGACUCAUGCAGACCGAUGGAUGCAAGGCAACGUUGGCACUUGACACUACGUCGUGUGACCAUAACCGAGUGCUGCCGAGAUUAAUGCCACAGGGAUA